AUAGAAUUUCACAAAUUCAAUACAACAUACAAUCUUCAAAACCGCCUAAUAAGUUAUUAUCUUAGCAACCCACCACUCCGAGUAGGCACUCUCAACACAUCACAACCAGCCUCUCAAACGUCAAGAUGCCUACCAGAUUAUCAAAGACCAGAAAGCACCGUGGCCACGUCUCGGCCGGUCACGGUCGUGUCGGCAAGCACCGCAAGCACCCCGGUGGUCGUGGUAUGGCCGGUGGUCAGCACCACCACCGAACCAACAUCGACAAAUACCAUCCUGGUUAUUUCGGUAAGGUUGGUAUGCGAUACUUCCACAAGCAACAAAACCACUUCUGGAAGCCCAUCGUCAACCUCGACAAGCUAUGGUCGCUGGUCCCCGCCGAGACUCGCGAUGCCUACCUAUCCGGUGAGAAGAAGGACACCGUCCCCGUCAUCGACCUCCUCCCCCUAGGCUACUCCAAGGUCCUCGGAAAGGGCCGAAUGCCCAAAGUCCCCGUAGUCGUCCGAGCACGAUGGGUCAGCAAGCUGGCAGAGAAGAAGAUCACCGAGGCAGGUGGCGUUGUUGAACUGGUCGCAUAGAGGAAGUACCAGAGGGAUGGUUUCUAUUUGCGGAAUAAGGGAACGGAUACCUGACAUUUGGGACGGUUGUAACUCAAGGGCCUGCACAUAUGGCAGGUAGUCUUCGGCUUUCUCGAGCAUCGCAUGGCAUGAUCGGAUUCUACGAAAGGGAGUUCAGCUGAAUACAAAAUGCAUUUUACCAAUGAACAAUACCAAUGAACAAGGAAAUGUUCUAGGACCUAAUUAUGAUUUUCAGGGGUCCAUCUCAGAAACCUGCUAAAGACACAACUGCCUUGGUAAUACUCGCCGUGGUAACAAUUGUCUUGGUAGCACUUGAGGCGCCAUGGACGAUCCCAAGCUGUCAAUCCAUGUUGACUAGGUUGCUAUUCAUUACAUGUCAAGCUUGAUAAUGUUGAUAAUCUUGUUGGGUACUAAGUACUACUACAUAUGUAUGUAGGUACUGUAGCCAGCACACUCGGGUUCAAAAUCUGUGCGUGAUGUAAUUCGUACCACCAUCGAUUCUCCACAUGAACUAAAG